CACUUGCAAAUAAUAGUUGCCGUAACAUAAAAGGGCAGGGCAGGGCAGGGCAGGGCCCAUGUCAUUUGAUUUUGUGCAGAAGCCUACCGCCUACCGCAUUCAUACUCUUCAAUCAUUGACACUGAUCAGCUGCUGAGAAUGUCUUGUUUUCGAGUUCGGUUAAUCCCUCCGUCGACUCUCCUCCUCCUCCUCCUCCUCCUCUGCCUCGUGGCCUUUGCUGUCACUGGAGCCGCUCAACAGCUGCCGGACGAUGAAGAGCAAGCACUGAGGGUUAUAGCUAAGGUGCUGAACAAGAUGAGCUGGGAUUUUACUGUGAAUCCGUGCAGCAACGAACCCCCUUGGGUCACUUCCGACGAUGACAGCGUGGAAUGCGACUGCUUCAUGUCGAACGGCACUGUCUGCCACGUCACUAGCAUUUCUCUGAAGAGUCAGUCGCUCCAGGGGACUCUCCCGCCAGAUUUUGUAAAGCUGCCUUACAUCCAAAACAUAGACCUCAGUCGGAACUACCUUAGCGGCUCUCUCCCUCCCCAAUGGGGCGCCUUGCAGAAUAUCGUCAAUAUUUCGUUACUAGGAAACAGAUUGACUGGUCCUAUCCCGAAAGAGUUCGGAAACAUGUCGACGCUCUUGAGUUUGGUCGUGGAGAUGAAUCAUCUCUCAGGAGAGCUUCCUCAAGAACUUGGCAAACUGCGCCAGAUUCAAAGACUGCUUCUAACCUCGAACAACUUCACCGGAGAGCUGCCUUUCACAUUUGCAAACUUGUCGACGCUACAAGACGUACGUCUCGGCGACAACCAUUUCACCGGAAAGAUUCCAGAUUUUAUCAGGAGCUGGACAAAUCUCACCAAAUUGGUGAUUCAAGCAAGUGGCUUGCAGGGACCGAUUCCUUCAAGCAUUAGAGUUUUGGAAAGAUUAACGGACUUGAGAAUUACUGACUUGAAUGGAACCGAAGCGCUCUUUCCAAAUCUUACCACUUCGGUCAUUGAGACAUUGAUUCUAAGAAACUGCAACCUCGUCGGAGAGCUGCCGAGAUAUCUCAGAGAAUUAGCAUCAUUAAAAGUCUUAGAUGUUAGCUUCAAUAAAAUCGGCGGGGUAAUUCCAGACAGUUAUAGAAAUCUAGAUCUGGAUGAGCUGUAUCUAACUGGAAAUCUGCUUACUGGCCCUGUGCCUAACUGGAUUAAGAAAGGGGAUCUCUCCUUCAACAACUUCACUGGAAUCCCAGCUUGUCAACCGAGGACGGAGCUUAACUUGUUUACCAGCACAUCAGUCACCAAUAACUCAGGAGUUGCUUCGUGCUUGAAAGUUUCUCAUUGCCCAAAAAGAGGACGUUACAAUCUCUACAUAAAUUGUGGAGGCGGACAAGAAGUGACCAUUGGCUCCAGGACUUACAUGGUUGAUAAUGAUCCGGGAUCAAGGGCAAGGUUCUUUGAAAAUCAUGAUUCUUAUUGGGGUUACAGCAGCACUGGCGAAUUCAUGGAUGAUGGGAGCAGCGAUUCUUUAAUUGCAUCCAACCAAUCUAAACUCUCCAUAGAGAAUCCACAACUUUACAUGAAUUCUCGUCUUGCUCCCACCUCUCUAACUUACUAUGCAUAUUGUCUGAUGACUGGAAACUACACUGUACAUCUUCAUUUUGCGGAAAUAAUCUUCACUGGCGAUGAAAGUUAUCGCAGCCUUGGAAGGCGUGUUUUCAAUGUUUUCAUACAGGGGAAAAUGGCCCUGCAAGAUUUCAAUAUCGAGGAUGCAGUAGGUGGAGCAGGAAAGGCAACUGAACAGAAUUUCACUGCUAGCGUGACUAAUGGCACUCUUGAAAUACGCUUUUACUGGGCUGGGAAGGGGACCAAUGCCAUCCCUGACAGAGGAGUCUAUGGUCCACUGAUAUCAGCAAUCACUGUGGAUCCCUUGGACUUCGAACCUCCAGAAGACAGCAAGAUAUCCGCAGGGGUAGUAGUUGGGAUUGUGGUUUCGAUAGCAUUUGUUGUUAUCCUGAUCGUGGGGAUACUUUGGUGGAGAGGGUGUUUCAGGCGCAGAGAUACAACCGAACAAGAUCUAAAAGGUCUAGAUUUGCAAACCGGCUCCUUCACCUUAAGGCAGAUUAAAGCUGCCACGAGUAAUUUUAGUCCUGAUAACAAGAUCGGGGAAGGCGGUUUCGGUUCUGUGUACAAGGGGCUAUUGGCAGAUGGCACCAUAAUUGCGGUGAAGCAGCUGUCUGCCAAAUCGAAGCAAGGGAACCGUGAGUUUGUGAAUGAGAUAGGAAUGAUAUCUGGUCUUCAGCACCCUCAUCUGGUGAAGCUUUAUGGAUGUUGCAUCGAAGGAAAUCAACUCUUGUUAGUGUAUGAAUACAUGGAAAACAACAGCCUUGCUCGUGCUUUAUUGGGCCCUAAAGAAUGUCAACUGCACCUGGAUUGGAAGACACGGCAAAAGAUAUGUGUGGGCAUAGCAAGAGGUUUGGCUUAUCUUCAUGAAGAGUCGAGGCUGAAGAUUGUACACAGGGACAUAAAAGCGACAAACGUGCUACUCGAUAAACAUCUUAACCCUAAAAUUUCAGAUUUUGGUCUUGCAAAACUUGAUGAGGAGGAUAACACCCACAUCAGCACAAGGAUUGCAGGAACUUUUGGGUACAUGGCACCUGAAUACGCAAUGCGGGGUUACCUAACUGACAAGGCAGAUGUUUAUAGUUUUGGCAUCGUUGCCUUGGAGAUCGUCAGUGGUCAGUGCAACACGAGUUAUCGGGGAAAACAGGAAUCCUUCUAUCUUCUCGAUUGGGCGCACGUUCUAAGAGAGAGGGGGGAUCUGAUGGAGCUGAUCGACCCGAGGCUGGGGGCUGACUUCAACAAGGACGAGGUGAUGGCGAUGAUCCACGUAGCUCUGUUAUGCACUCAUGUGUCCCCUGCAAUCCGGCCUUCCAUGUCCGCGGUGGUAAGCAUGCUGGAAGGAAAGGCGAACGUCCCGGCUUCGAUUCCUGAGAACACGGUUGCAGAUGACGACAAGAAAUAUAAGGCCAUGAGGAAGCACUUCAGGGGCAUUGUAGAGGAGGAGGAGGAAAGGGACGAGAGCAAGAAGCAAGUGCAUCAUCACAGCAUGUCUAUCGAUGCUCCCUGGACCGGUUCGUCAACGUCUACUAAUGAUCUCUACCCAAUGCUACUGGACUCAGAUUAUUGGCGGAACCGGGAGUGAUUUGAUAUCAGCCGAAAGCUUGUUGUUUACACCAUUCUCUGCACUACAUGCGAUUCCGUUUAUCGAAUAGAUUUUCCGUACUUUUUUCAUAAGAAAAUAUAUGAGAGCCCCUACCUAGAACAACAUAUUAUCAUAUAUUUUAUAUAGUUAAAAAGGCAAAGAACUUGUACAUGAUUAAAAUGUACAUUCUUAGUCUGGGAAUACCAAUAUGACACAUAUCAUUGUUGUAAA